GAAAACAAGGGCUGUAUCGUCAUUUAGUCAAGAAUUCACCUUCUUCCUCUUUUUUUCCAGUUUACCAUUUAAAAACAUCUGAACUGAGACUCUCGUCGCUUUUUUCAAUGGCGUCAGUUGCUCCCGGCAGUUAUGUCCGGCUAAACCUGCCACCAAUUGCACCCGCUAGACGCAGAACACGUGUGUUUGCUACUGUAUCACCUCCAAAAAAAACUGUCACUAUGGAUUGGGUAGAGGCAACAAAUAGCUUCUUUGAAAAAGAUUCACGACCCAUCAUGUUAUUUGACGGUGUUUGCAAUCUUUGCAAUGGAGGUGUUAGGUUUGUGCGUGAUAAUGACAAGAACAGGACAAUUAGGUAUGAAGCUCUGCAGAGCGAGGCGGGUAAGAAUCUGCUGAGGAGAUCAGGGAGAGCUCCUGAUGAUAUUUCAAGUGUUGUACUUGUUGAAAAAAACAGAUCAUAUAUCAAGUCUGCUGCUGUAUUGAAGAUAAUGGAAUACAUUGACUUGCCUUUUCCCCAGCUAGCGUUUUUCCUACAGUUUGUACCUUUGUUCAUAAAGGAUUUUGUUUAUGACAAUGUUGCAAACAAUCGUUACACAAUAUUUGGUCGCUCAGAAUCAUGCGAGAUAUAUUAUGAUUGAAAUUGAAGAUCAGUCAUUUGAUAAUGUGAAUGUAUAUUGUAUAGUCUACAUUAAAAAGUUUUAGUUGUUCUCAGUUGUCUCAAAGGAUUAAACGUGUGCAACUAUGAUCAUUUUGGAUAUAGCAAUGUAAUAUUAUUUGUGCUAAA